AACUUGGCCGAGGGCGGGCGGAGGCGCGCGGAGCGGGUUCCCUUGCUUUUGGAGCGUGUGUGGAGCGCGCCUGCCCCGCCAGACAGCGCCCUGCCCCGGUACAGGAUGAGCAACAACCAGUUCAACAAGGGACCCAGCUACGGCUUGUCGGCCGAAGUCAAGAACCGGCUUGCGCUGAAAUACGACCCUCAGAAGGAAGCAGAAUUAAGGACAUGGAUAGAAAGCAUCACCGGAAGAGACAUCGGCCCCGAUUUUCAGAAGGGGCUGAAAGAUGGUGUUGCACUUUGCGAGCUAAUGAACAAACUUCAGCCGGGUUCGAUAAGGAAAAUUAAUCGCUCAGGCCUCAAUUGGCACCAGCUUGAGAACCUCUCCAACUUCAUCAAAGCCAUGAUGAGCUACGGCCUGAAGCCCGUUGACGUCUUUGAAGCCAACGACCUGUUUGAGAAUGGGAACAUGACCCAGGUCCAGGUGUCGCUGCUGGCGCUGGCGGGCAUGGCCAAGACGAAGGGGAUUGACAGCGGAGUCGACAUUGGUGUGAAAUAUUCCGAGAAGCAGGAGCGGUGCUUUGACGACGCGAAGCUGAAAGCCGGACAGUGUGUCAUCGGUUUGCAGAUGGGCACCAACAAAUGCGCCAGCCAGUCUGGGAUGACGGCCUACGGAACCCGGAGACACCUCUACGACCCCAAAAACCAUAUCCUACCUCCGAUGGACCAUUCCACCAUCAGCCUCCAGAUGGGAACAAACAAAUGUGCUAGUCAGGUGGGGAUGACCGCUCCGGGAACGAGGCGGCACAUCUACGAUUCGAAGCUGGGGACGGACAAAUGCGACGACAGCUCCAUGUCUCUGCAGAUGGGCUACAACCAGGGGGCCAACCAAAGCGGGCAGGUUUUCGGCUUGGGGCGGCAAAUCUACGACCCCAAAUACUGCCCCCAGGGGAACGCCGGCGAGGCGGCCAAUGCGGCGCAUAACGACGGGAAUUCGGCGGAAUAUUACUACUACCAGGAAGGAGAGGAGCAAUGAGCCUGGGGAAUUGGGGGGUGGUCCAAUUUCCCCCUCCCCAGCAAAUCACCAUUGUACAGUUCCUGCCUCUUAAUUGCCACAGAUACUGCAAUCUUUCCAUAUUUGCGACUUUAAAAAGAAAGAGAAUCUUUUCUCCGCGUAGCAGAGAUGAAAACAGGCUCCCUCAACCUCGGCCCUCCAGAUGUUUUUUGGGACUACAACUCCCAUCAUCCCUAGCUAGCAGUACCAGUGGUGAGGGAUGAUGGGAGUUGUAGUCCAACAACAUCUGGAGGGCUGAGUUUGCAGAAGCCUGGAAUAAAACAAAGGUCUUCCGUUCGUUCUUUUUUUAAGAAAGUGAGUCUAUGUGGGCCAGAUUUAAGGCUUUGUUUACACCACCAACCCGCCAGAUCUCUUGAAAUCUCCUCGUGAUUCUGGAUUUAAUACGCCACCAGGGUGCGGAGAUGUCCAAGA